AUGGCCACCAUGGAGAACAUUAGCUGGUCCGAAUUACUAAAGGACACCAAUCUCACAGCUCAACAUGGCAAUGACGGCAACCGCAUUGUAGCAGCAACCCAAGCUCUACAGCAAACAGCGCAGCAAUUCGUCCAAGUCCUCAAUGAGCGUGCCAGGCUUUUCGCCAACAGUGCUCAAUUUGAUAAGGCGUUACAUGAUGCAGCAGUAAUAAGAGCCAUGCUACCAGGAUCAGGGCGUGGAUAUUUGUGUAUGGGAGACGUGUAUUGUCAACAAGGCCAUCAUGCAGCAGCCAUUUCCAUAUAUGAGCAAGGGCUUGAAGCAAUACCUGAAUCAGAUGCAUAUUAUCAGCAACUUCAACAACAUCGAAUGACAGCAAUAGCCAACAACAGCAAACGCGUCGACUUUAUCAGCCAAUUGCCAUUGGAUAUUGUGAUCACCAAUAUUGUACCAAGGGCGGAUCGAUUGUUCUUUUCAGAAUCAUCGUGCGAGUUUCUUUACGUAUCACGUGCAUGGCAGGAGCGCAUCUUGAAGCAACCCAAAGGCUUACGAUUUUACUUGGACGAAGGGCACAACACAUUGAUAAAGGGCCAUACACAGCUCAUCCGAUUUGCCUCCUAUGUUCAGAGCUUGCAAGCCACUCUAUAUCAGCGUAUUCGUUUGGAUGACCUCUUUGCCCGAGGACACUUCUCCAAUUUAAAAGAACUCUAUAUACAAUCUCUUUCGACAACUGGUCGCCUUCCAUUGAUCCAUGGCCUGCAAUUGGUUGGCAAUUCGCUGACACACUUGACGCUCUUUGAGUGCCCUUAUAUUCAAUUACGUGACGCCUUGGAGGCAUGUCCAAAUCUUGUACGGCUUGAAACAAUGAAUGUGGAUGCAGUGAUGUCUUUAUCGCCUUCAUCAAGUUAUCCCAAGCUCGAGCACCUUUCACUUUACGAUAUCUCAGAAUACGGUCGCUCUCAUGAGAAUAUGGUCGAUGUCCUUGCUCGUUUUCCUUCCUUGCGUGUGCUUGAAGUUUCGCCAAUGGCCGAUUCCAGCAUCUUGCCUAUCCUACACAAGCAUUGUCCUCACCUACAGACCAUUUAUUACGAGCACGUGGACGUGGAGUUUGGUACAGCUACAACAGAGUUUCAUCCAAAUCGAAAAGGAAUCGCGUCAGCUUAUCUAGGCGGCAGCGAAUUGUAUAAGCAAGAUGACCUGAUUCAGUUCCUACACCUACAGCAAAAUUCAUUGGAAGGGCUUUAUUUCCAUGGGAACAUUCAAAUCAAUGAUGAUGCCUUUUGGGAUGUAUCAAAUGGACGCGUUCGACUGAGGGAUCAAUAUCAGCAUCAACAACCUCCUGAGGGCAACCCAUCUGAAUCAUCAUUUCCGCGACUGACAGAACUUUACUUUACAAGUAACCUUCCAACUACUACACACAUGCAAAUGAUGCUGUGGAUCGCAUCGAAUGCACCCAAUCUCAACACCAUCCAUAUCCAUAUUUCAUCUUUUCGAUCUCAUUUCGCACACGCUAUGAUCAGGUUGAAACACCUUCAUACAGUAAGAAUCAACGCUCUAUCCAACGACGUGAACGACACCGGCAUUCAGCAAUUCUUGGAGCAUCAUGUUGCACUUGGAGAUCAAUCAACACUCGAACAUGUGACUUUGCGUAUGGGCCGUGUAGGGGUGUCUCAAAACGCAUGGAUAGCUUUACUUUCAAGGUUGACGCGUCUCAAGAACCUCGAAUUACUUGCUGGAAUCAUGCCUGAGAAUUGCAUCCCCAUCAUGGAGGAAAUAGGUCAAGGUUGUCCCGCUCUCAAAAAGUUGACCCUCGGUGUGUAUGAUGCCGUGUUAGCUGAUGGUCUCUUGAUGCCUUUACGCAAGCAUUCGAAUCUUCAAUGCCUUUGGAUUGGAGCUACAUCUUUAUCCGAUACGAACCUGCUAGCUUUGUGUACAUUCCACCAUUUAAAGCAACUCUCUCUUGAGUGUCGUGUUCCAAAAGGUUUACUUGAGAUACUACAAGAUCAUAUACCCAAAGUCAAUAUUUUCCCUUAUGGAUAG